AUGUGGCUCAGCGGCCUUGGAGACUUUUACCUGGAGCUUCACUGGGAUUUUCAGAGCUGGGUGCCUUUGUUGUCCCGGAUGCUGCCAUCAGAUGCGUGUAAAAUCUACAAACAGGGAAUCAAUAUCAGACUCGACACUACCCUUAUAGACUUCAGUGAUAUGAAAUGUCAGCGUGGUGAUCUCAGCUUCAUCUUCAAUGGUGAUGCGCCACGUUCCCAGUCCUUUGUGGUUCUGGACAACGAAGCAAAAGUGUACCAAAGAAUACAUCAUGAGGAGUCUGAGAUGGAGACUGAGGAAGAAGUGGACAUUCUCAUGAGCAGUGACGUCUACUCAGCAACUUUAUCGACCAAGUCCAUCACGUUCUCUCGCAGUCAGAUUGGCUGGCUCUUCAGAGAGGACAAAACCGAGCGAGUUGGGAACUUCCUGGCCAACUUCUAUGCGGUGAACGGUCUGGUGCUUGAGUCGAGGAAGCGGCGUGAACACCUUAGUGAAGAAGACAUCUUGAGGAACAAAGCCAUCAUGGAGAGCUUGAGUAAAGGAGGCAGUAUCAGUGACCAAAAUUUUGAGCCCGUGAGAAGGCAGUCGCUCACAGCUCCAGCACCAAACACCAUUUCCUGGGAGGAGUACAUUGCUGCAGAGCACGGAAAGCCGCCUCAUCUUGGAAGACAGCUUGUGUGCAAAGAAAGCAAGAAGAACUUCAAAGCCACUGUAGCCAUGAGCCAGGAUUUCCCGCUAGGCAUUGAGUCGCUGCUGAAUGUGUUGGAGAUCAUCGCCCCGUUCAAGCACUUCAGUAAGCUCAGAGAGUUUGUUCAGAUGAAACUUCCGCCUGGAUUUCCAGUUAAACUCGGUGAACAUCCCCGUCUUCCCACCAUCACAGCAACCGUCACGUUUCAGGAAUUCCGCUACGACGAAUUUGACAAGUCUUUUUUCUUCAUCCCUGAGGAAUACAAGGAAGAUCCCAGCCGCUUCCCUGACCUAUGAGGAGCAGCAGUAGGAUAACGGCCGAGUAGCAAAACUGAGGAAUCAUGUACGCGUUUAUGAAGGAAACCCAACUGCCGAUCAGUUAUUGUCAUUUUGCCGACGGAUCCAAGCAAACCAAUGCAGUCUGCACCAUCACGUUCAGGCGCUGGACACACUGUGCCACGCCGUGACUUAAAGGUCACCAUGGUAACAGAUGCACCAAAACCCUGGAGGUGGCGGCCAAACACCUUCGUACCUGAACAAUUUGUAG